UUUUUAAGAGUCUCCCAUCCAUCCUGCCUACCUCUCUGGUCCCGACCACAAUGGCCAGCCUCGAAUGAAGGAGCUCCUCUCGGUUCAGACCAUAGACUGUUCAGACGCAGCAGGAGCAGUGGAGACGCGUUCACGGACACCAGGACGCUUACGGAAGAACACGAGACGCUCCUUAUACAAAGGUGGAUGUGAUAUUUGAAGCAGCUCCCUGGGAUAGUUGUCAGUCAUCGUGGAUUCCUGAGGCCUGUCUCCAUAGCAACCUGCUCCUCCUCCUGAGCCGUGCUGCCAGCUCCCUCUCUCUGCCACGCGACCGGCCCCUCCUCAUCCUCCUGCCCAAAUCACCAGAUCAGAGCGCCCGUUGGAAUGGACACCGAGUCGACCCACUCCGGCUACUCCUACCACUCCAGCCGCUCUGGGAGAUCAAACCGACAUGGCGAUCGAAGUCGCGAAAGACACAAAGUCAGCAGCAGCAAAGACAGCAGUCGCUCCGAGAGAUCUGUGGUCAUCAACCCGCCCGACUUGCCGUCCCAGGACUCCCCGGUUCACAACGACGAGCCGCUGCCCGGAGACCCGUCCCCAGCAGCGGAUCACGGAGAAGAGGCCCAGGAUGAUAACUGGGGAGAAACCACCACCGCCGUGACAGGGACGUCAGAACUCAGUGUUUCCCAGGAGGAGGUUGUCGGCCUGGGGAAGGAGAUACAGGAUCGUACUCAGAGCUUCCGCCGCUAUCUCCCUGUGGUUGUUGGCUCGUGUGUGGGGCUACUGGUUCUGGCAACGCCCCUGGUCUUCCUGCUCCUUCCAGUAGUAAUGUGGUCUGAUAGACUCCAGACCUGUGGAGCAGCCUGCGAGGGCCUCUUCCUCUCUAUCUCUUUUAAGAUCCUCAUGCUCCUGGUUGCUAUUUGGGCCUUGUUCCUGAGACCAGGCCAGGCCUGCUUGCCAAGGGUGUGUGUGUAUCGUGCCUUCCUCACCACACUCACACUCCUGCUCACCAUGUCUUACUGGCUCUUCUAUGGGGUCCGGAUCCUUGAUGCGCAGGAUGAGGACUACCAUGGUAUCGUCCAGUUUGCCGUGUCCCUGGUGGACUCCCAGCUGUUCGUUCACUACCUGGCGGUGGUUCUGUUGGAGCUCCGCCACCUCCGGCCCUGCUACAGCGUGUGCGUCAUUCGCUCCACAGACGGAGAGAUGCGCCACUACAACAUGGGGCAGCUCAGCAUUCAAAGAGCCGCAUUGUCCAUUUUGGAGUAUUACUACAGAGACUUUCCUCUUCACAACCCAGCCCUUCUCUCUGCCUCCAAGCACCGAGCUGCCAAACACCUGGCUGGGUUAAAGGUCUACAACGUAGAUGCCCCAGGGAGCACAGCAGCCGCCCAGGCUAGUGAUGGGAACCAGUCGCGGGCCACGGUCACACCUGCCACCAAACGCAAAGACAAUGCACACAACGAGCUGUACUACGAAGAGGCCGACUAUGAGAGAAGAGUCCGCAAACGCAGAGCAAGGCUGGUGGUGGCUGUGGAGGAGGCCUUCACACAUGUCCGACGCAUGAAGAAAGAAGACGAGAAUGCCACACCCUCCGACAUCAUGGACAUCCGGGAAGCAGCGCUGGCCAUUUUUCCUUCUAUGGCUCGCGCCUUGCAGAAGUACCUCCGCACCACCAAGAGGCAGCACUGCCACAGCAUGGAAAGCAUCCAGAAGCACCUGGCCUUUUGUCUCGUCAAUAACAUGAGCCCAAAGGCUUUCCUGGAGGCCUAUCUGGCUCCGGGUCCAACCCUCCAGUACGGCCCUGAGCGCUGGAUGGCUGACCAGUGGACUUUGAUCAGCGAGGCUUCUGUCACCAGUGGCAUUAAAGACGGCUCAGAGUUCCUGCUGAAGUGUCUUGAUUUCAGCUUAGCCAUCACAGUCAAGAGCAUCCCCUACAUCAGUCUGACUGAGGAGUACAUCGACCCCAAGUCACAUAAGUUUAUACUACUGCUCCAGUCAGAAACCUCUGUUUAGUCACAGCUGACCAGGUUCUGCUCUUCAGGACGUACCGGACUGUUAAAAGUUUUCUGACAGAAAUUUUUUAUUAAAAACUUUUGUACUGUUUUUUGUAAUUAGCUGUCUCAUAAAUGGUAUCUUGUCUUUGUGACGGGAAACUUUAAAGAUGAUCAGUAGUGGGAAACAAAGGGAAAGAUGCUUGAACCUCUUUGUGUGUGUGUGUGUGUGUGUGUGUGUGUGUGUGUGUGUGUGUGUGUGUGUGUGUGUGUGUGUGUGUGUGUGUGUGUGUGUGUGUGUGUGUGUGUGUGUGUGUGUGUGUGUGUGUGUGUGUGUGUGUGUGUGUGUGUGUGUGUGAACAAUUACAAGGCACAUUCCUCUAUGCAGAACUGAUGACCCUCCUUUGGUUGCAUAAGUCUUUUUGUGCCUGUUGUAGAAAAAUUAGGACAAUUAUGUACUUUUAAAAUGCUAAACUGCACUUCCAAGUGCUUUUGCUUGCUGAACUGAUAUGAAGCAUACCCUUUUCUCUAGAGAAAUUUUAAAUGUAGCAUUUUUUUUAUUUAUAAUCGUCCUGUAUUGCAUAUGUGUGUACAGUAUUUAUGUGUAAAUACACUUUAACCCAAAUGUCUUUUAUACCAAAUUAUAUUAUUAUUUGAAAGACUUUUUUCAUCCAAUCUAAGAUUUUUUUAUCUUGUCUCUAACAGAAUUUCAUCACUAAUCCUAAUGCACGUCCCUAAAUGAAACAACCUUUUCUGGCACAUUUAAAAAAAAUGUCAUGACAUACUUUUACAAUUCCCACUGAAAAAUUCAUAAUGUGUACUCUCAUGCUGGCAAAUGUUUAAGCAAGUGUUGAAAAUUAAUAAUUAAAUUAGGAUUUCUUCAUGUCAAUAUUCCUGCUGUCAGUUUUUGUGUGAACCUCUGCUGCCACCUAUCGGUCACAACCGGAACUGUCCUCCAGAUGUCUGUUUAUCAAGCCACCAUUGAUCUUUGUGGGUUUGUUUGUUUACUCUUUGUAUUUAUGAGAAUUGUUGUCUUGUAUAUUUUGGCAGUUCUGUUUAGUAGUGUUGUUGGUUGUAAAUACCUUUCUAACUGCACACAUGCCUUAGUUAUACUUUAUAUAUAGGGUCUGCUCAGCAUGUACUUACAAGUGUGUGUGUGUGUGUGUGUGUGUGUGUGUGCGUGCGUGCGUGUGUGUGUGUGUGUCUGUGUGGUGUAUGAUGGAGAUGUUGGUUAUUAUCUUUUUAUACCACAAAAUACAUCAAACAACUGAGACAAAGUUUGCAAAAUAAAAUAAAAAUAAACAUU